GAGAAGAUAGGAGAAGCGGUCUACUGCUGGUCGAACAGGGACUUCGGUCUCUCCUUCAAACUCCUACGUUCAAGAUUUCUCUGGUACCUUCUCUCAACUCCCUAUAAAGCCACACCCAUUCUCCCUCACAUUCCCAGCUCAGUAAAACAAAGCAUAAAUCAGCGAACCAGCUUCAAAGCAAUCCCUAAUUACUUCAAUGGCUGCUAAUACUCUACCAUGCUCUGCUUCUCGUUUGUCAUUAAACCCCUCCGUUUCCAACAAAACUCCGAAAUUCUCUACAAUCCGUCCCUGUUCUGUCUCAGUCCCUUCUUCCCGCGGUGUUAGAAGGCCGUUCAAACUCAUAGCUCAGUCCUCCGGUGGAGAUCAGAGCCAGGACACCUCCGUCGACGUGCAUCGCGUAAGCAGCAAUCAAGUUGCCGCCUCCGCCGUCAGCAACAAAGACGGCAGCCGCGCUGUCGAGCGCCGGCCUCGCCGGUUGUCCGCCCUCGAUGCUUCCCCAUUCGGUCUGCUAGAUCCUCUGUCACCAAUGAGAACAAUGCGCCAAAUGCUGGACACGAUGGACAGGAUUUUCGACGACGUCCUGACAUUCCCGGGAAGAACCGGAUCUACGGGAGAAGUGCGGGCCCCAUGGGACAUUAGAGACGAGGAACAAGAGAUUAAGAUGCGGUUCGACAUGCCUGGACUCUCCAAAGAAGAGGUGAAGGUCUCUGUGGAAGGCGACGUUCUGGUCAUCAAGGGAGAACAGAAGAAGGAUGAUGGUGGUAAGGACGAUUCGUGGUCCAAGAGUUACAAUUCGUACGAUACCCGGCUUCAGCUGCCGGAAAGCUGUGAUAAGGAUAAGGUGAAAGCGGAAUUGAAGAAUGGGGUGCUUUUCAUCUCCGUCCCGAAGACGAAGGUGGAGAAGAAGGUCAUUGACGUUGAGAUCAAGUGAAAGAGUCUUCCUGUUUUGAACUCUGUUUUCAGUAUUUCGCGUCAUGCGUUUGUAUGUGUAGGUUAGUCAUCAUAAGUUAAUGUCACGCCAUACCUUUGGUAUUGCAAUUUCGAAAUUGAAACAUGCAGUUUUGUAAUUGCAAUUUGCAAUUCCCAUACUUCAUCCAUUUAUUUAUGGUGAUUGCUGUGGUAUCCAGCAAAAAUACAAGGACGCUGUACCAAUUGCAUAUAUUUCAUAUUUUAUUUACAUUCAAAUUAUUUAAUUGGAAAAUUUUUAGGAGAGAA